AUGGACAUGCGCAAUACAAAGACGUUUAAAUUCACCGGAAGGACAAGCGAACGCAACUUUUUCUUGUCUCUCACCACCCCAGCUACGAGCAUGGUUGUUCUCGCCGUGCAGACCGCGAUUUCGCCGGUACAGUCGUUCAAGAGGCUCUUGAAGUCGCCCACGUCGCUGCCGAUGAGAAGGGCAAGCCCAGCGACGCAGGAGCUGCCACGAUUACCCGCCAACAUUCUCUACGAGAUAGCACGCCAUUUGGACUUGCGGGAUGUCCUCCAACUUGGUCUCUGCUCACACCGGACACAGACUCUCGUCUCGCCACUACUCUACCAUACUAUCGACCUCAAAUCGACGAACCAAUGCAAGAUCACCUUGCUCGCCCUGUCCAAACGCCCCGCGACCGAACGUUCAGUCCAUGUUAAACGACUUGUCGUGAGGCCAAACAACCCAGAGUGGUCUGGGGACCCGAGCGGUGACACCGACUCUGCGACGAUGCAGUUCGAAGAGGAGAGAAUUGCGAAGCUCGUAGGCGUGCUGGGACGGAAAGGACAUCUGGUAUCGCUGGAUACGUUCGAGUGGGAUGGACUAGAGAUGCCAGGGCCGGAUAUGUGGGAUGCCCUUCGGAUUUCGUGUCGAAAUCUCAAGCGAAUAAGCACAAGCAUUGGCGAGGAGCCCCUGGAUGCCUCGAGUCCACUCUGGGACUUCAACGAUCUACGGCACGUAGGUAUACACGUAAAAUGCCAUUCGUUAGAUUGGCUCGCAGAUGGGAUUCCGCAACACAAAACCUCGAAGCUGCCACGAAAAUUCUGGGCGAUGCUGCUCGAGCGCAGCCCACGCCUCGAAUCACUGACGCUCGGUGGUCCUGCGCCUGCACCCCGGAUACUUGACGUACGGCAUUUCACCGCUGGACGGUGGCCACGCCUGCGCGAGCUUGUGUUGGGGGACGUCGCUGUGAUGGGCCCCAGCUCCUCCUCUGGUGUGGGCUCGGACAGCGGCCGGCGCAGCAGACCGGGAAGUCGAGGUAGCAUGGAAGGCGGGCCCAGCGCUGCAGCUGCGUCUAUCACCAGCACGAGCUUUCGCGAAAGCAACAGCGAGCUGCAGAGCCUGAGAGACCAGGCGUCGUUCAUGGCGUUCUUCAUGGCCCACCCAACCUUGCAGACAAUCAAGCUCCUGCACGCGCCAAGCAGCACGGUCUUUCCGAGCGGGUGGGCGUUCCCGGUCCUGGGUCCGGUGCCUCCGCCGACGUCGUUUCCCGGUAGUGCGGGUACGCCAUCGUAUCCGCCGUCGUCAUUCCCUCUGCACCCGCGGCACCUGUCCCACCCGCCUGUAGCUCCGUCCAUGCACCAUACGCCGCCCGCACAGCAGCCGUACCUCCACCCCCUCCCGCACCUUCGCUCGUUCACCGCCCCUUUAAAAUGGGUGCGAACUCUACUGCCACCGACGCGGCGUGGUAUCAAGCGGCUUACAAUCACGGGACUGGGCAUGGGCAUGGGCACUGGCGGCGCGUCAGUCGUGCGGAAUGCCGUCGCGUUGCUGCGUGAGAUGAGCUUUGGCUCUGGCCUUGGUGGUGUGGAUGUCGAAGAAGGGGGUUUGGAGGCGCUGGGCCUAUGGGGUGAUCUCAGUGCAGCGGGGCUCGGAGGACUGGUGGGUGGGUUGAACGGAGGAGGGAGGGGAAGGAGGAUGAGUGUCGGUGGCGGAACUGGUGGAAGAGGGGCAGAGGAGACAGACGAGGGCCUGAGUGUGGUCGCAGCGCUCAUGAGGGCCGUGCCCGGCGUGAGGGAAGUUGACGUGGUCUGUUUUACGCGGGUUGGGUUUGGGGUGAGAGAUUUUGUCCCGAUUAUUCAAGAUCUCCCCCUCUUGCACUCCUUCUCUCUCACCAAAGUCCAUAGGUCAGGCGAUGAGGACCUCCUCCGCGCCGCUACGCGCAUCGUCCAGGCGCACCGUGCGGCGAACGGCACAGGUACUCUAAAACGCGUGUACUUUCGAGAGACAUACGGCGCAUGGUUCUCUGCGACUGGAGGUCGGGUUAAAACAAGAGGCGUGUAUGAGCUUGUUGCUCAGCCCCAAUCCCACUUGCAGCAAUAUGAGGACCGCUGUCAGCAGCAGCCGGUGUUGGUUGUGAAUGAAUGGGGUGUGAGGAGCAGGGGGCUGGCCGUGGCUGUUGCGGUCGGCGCAAAGGAGUACCGGAGGUGCUAUAUCCGUUCGUUACCCGCCAUUCCCGCCUCUGAAGGACAAGAAGGUGCCAAGUUGCAUAGGAGGCGCGCGUCCGAGGCCUCUUCUUCUGGGACAAGGACGGGGAUGAGGGGUCUGUCGUUGACGAGGGUCAUGUCCCCGCGGUCGAGCAUCUCGUCGGGGUCGGGCUCCGUCGCGGGCUCAGCGCCUUUCGGCGGGGUCUUGCAGAGGAGUCCGUCCAGCGUCAACUUCAGCUCGCAUACCCACAGUCAGAACCACAACCACGGCAACAGCAACAGCAACAGCAAACCCAUUUUGGGCAGGAGUGGGUCGGACGCGAGCACGAGCGAGAGCGGGGCUGCUGGCUCCAGUUCUAUGUCGGCUUCAACACCACCGUCGGCGGCUGGGUCGGGGUCGAGCGUCGCGAGGCAUGGCUCAGGCUAUUCGAAUUCGACCUCGGGUUCGGGGCGGGAGAGCGUUGACGUUCACCAGAGGCCUGCGUCGAGGAACGGGCACCGGCACAGCUCGAGUGCGAGUAGUGUGGGCAAGGGGAUGAGGGCGUUCCUUUCGAGAAGGACGAGUUGGAUGAGGCCGGGCGGGCUGAGCGACGUACACGUCGGCGGGAACGAGAAGGCAGUGGAGAGGGGCAGGGCGGAAGAGGUAGAUGAUGGGUUCGUCCUUGUCUGA